UUAUUAUUAUUAUUUUUAUUAUUAUUAUUAUUAUUAUUAUUAUUAAGUGCAGGUUUAUGUGGAUUCUCCGAGCAGUUGAACGUCACGCCGGUGUUGCAGCGUCUCUCAGGCCCAGAUUUUAAUUUAAAGCUGUAAGGUGUUUACAUCGUGACAUUUUGUUCAGCCUUCUGUGGUUUGAUCUCAGUGGUCUCUGUGCAUGCAGUAUGAUGUUGGUAUGUAUAAAGGGAUAUGUGUGUGUGUGAGUGUGUGUGAGUGUGUGCGAGUGUGUGUGAGUGUCUCAUCACGCAGAACUCCUCUUUACACUCGCGUGCUAACAGGAAAUAAGAAACUGAAGUUCCUGUAACUGCUGAAUGAUUCACAGAUGUCUAUUUCACAAUGAUUCUACCUGCUUUACUUUUCUUGUGUUUCUUUGCUGGAAAACCUGCCGAGUUAAAAGUAAAUGUACUUGCAGUGGCAGAAGGAAGCGACGUGUCUUUAAGCUGCUCCUCGGCCACUGGCGAGUCUCACUGGCUCAGACAUAAACCCAACACCAGUCUGAAAUUAAACACCACAGAAUUUCUCCUGAUAAAAAACUUUCAGAAGCAGGACGAGGGAUAUUACGACUGUAACAUUGGAACACAUCAACACAUGUUCAAGUUAGAAUUAAAGCAUGGAUCCACAAAGGAACAGUUAAUUUUUUUCCGAGCCUCUGAGGGAGAUUCAGUUUUUUUCUUCUGUAAAGCUCUGAGCGCUGCAUCGUUAAAGGCUCAAUGGUCCUGGACAUCUCACACAUCAUCUCAUUCCAUCGGACUAAACCAGAAUUCUCAUCACUUUAAUAAUCGGCUACGGUUCAGAGAAAAUGAAAAUGAUUUUUCUUUAGAAAUCUCCCCUGUACAGUGGAACGACUCGGGGAAAUUCAGCUGCAACAUAAAUUCAGCUUCUAAAGACCAAGCGAGCGUGUUUGAGCUAGUGCUGGUGAAAGUAUCUGCAGAUCCUCCGGGGAUAAUGUUCGGCCACAGCGUCCGCUUAAAGUGUGAGCUUUCUUCUCAGAAUAAAGAUUUCCGCGUGUUGUGGAUGAACACAGAAACACGAGAGACGUUCUCAAACCCGCUCGAGCUGAAAGAUGUUGCGCUGAGUCAGCAGAGCUGGACCUGUUGCGUGUUUAACAGCUCCGUGCUGAGAGCCGUGUUUCCUCUCACGCUCAACAUCACACACGCCUUUACUACAACACCUCCAUCACCCACACCUCCAUCACCCACACCUCCAUCACCCACACACACCGAGCCAGAGACUCCAACAGCACACACUACAGCUGCAGCAGACAACUACACAUCCAACCCUGAUGCAGAACACGGCCAGUCUCACACCAUCACCACCACCAUCAUCAUCAUCGGAGUCUUCAUCAUCUUCAUCCUCGUAGUCGUGUUCAUUGCUGCGUUCAGCACAAAGACACCUGAGAAGAGGACAGAGAGUGUAACCUACGCUGAAGUGAAGUUCAGGAAAAAAUCAGACGCUUCCACCGAACACCAGCUGAAUUCUACUGACGUUCCAGCUGAAGAAGAAUCUGAAGUUUUGUACGCGACAGUUCGUUUGUCUUAGUUUAAAAAUGAAAGUUUCUCUGAAGGGCUUUUUAAUAAUCAGAUACAACAUGAGAUAGAAGAGUUCCAGUUUUAUAAAUUCCUGACAUUAAACUGUGGAUUUUUCUGAAAUUAUUAUAAAUACCAUGUAAAUAACUGCAUGUGUUUGUUCUUUACAAAUUAAACCCAGUUCUCGGAUCCUGAACGCAAUCUGAAGUACAAUUUGAUUUUUAUCUUAUUUUUACUGAGAAGUGGGGAACAUCUAGCUGCAGUUUGUCGUUUAUUCAGCGUUGUGGUUUCAGAAUCUUUCUCUCUCUGCGGUUGAGAACAAAGCCACAGUUUCUUCCCUCACACUGAGGAACGCACACAUUUAGAGCAGGAGUGUGAAAUGACUCAUGAAACAAUAUUAAUCAUCUGAUUAAAAACAUCAAAGGACUACAGAAGGGACUAAAAGAUGCUGUGGCAACGAGAACGAAGCUGUCAAGACGAACACACACACACACACACACACACAUACACACACACACACCUUUAUCCUGAAAUCUGUUUUUCUUCCUAAAUUAUUAAUCAGCCUUUUUCAGCUGACUAUAAAAACUGUGAUGAUUUUGUUUUUAAUUCACACAGCAGAAAAUUAAACCAACAGAACAGAGUGCAGAUGACACACCUUUCAUUAAGAGUGAAUAAAGAAUUAUUUAGAGAAAUAACAGAGGCAUAAAGAGCACACAGGCGUUAGAGCAGGUGGUGUGUGUGCUGGUUUAUUCUGCCGCGUGUGUGCAUCUGAACACAGACUCAGCAAAGAAAAAAA